AUGAAGUUUGAGCAAAUCUUCAGAAUGAAUGACUGGCCAGAAGAAAAGAAGGUAAAAAUUGCUUCAUAUCAAUUUUCUGACUAUGCUAUUGUUUGGUGGGAAGAUUUACAGCUUAAAAGGCGCCUUAAGGGCAAAGGACCACCUCAUACAUGGUCAAAGCUAAAGAAACUCAUGUGCAACAAGUAUGUCCCUAGUUACUACUAUCGAGAGCUAAAUAGAAAGUUACGACUGUUUGGCCAAGGCUCUAUGACUGUAGAUGAAUAUGUGCAUGAACUUGACCUUCUUAAAAUAUGUCAUGGAAAAGGGCAUAUUGCUUCCCAAUGUCCCAAUAAGAGGGCCAUGAUUCUCAAAGAUAAUGGUGAGUAUGACAGUGUACAUUCUAGCGAUGAAAGUGAUGAUGACAUGCCUUCUUUGGUGACUGAUCCUGAAUUGAAGAUUGAUGAAGCUGAACCUAAAAAGGCUGAGUUUGUGCAGGAAUUACAUUCUAAGGCGAGGGCCAACAUCGAGAGAAAGAAUGAGCAAUAUACAAAGCAAGCUAACAAAGGUCGUAGGGAGGUUGUCUUUGAGCCUGGAGACUGGGUUUGGAUUCGAGGACGAGUCCUUUUGAGCAGGGAGGGAAUGAUAGAGGAGUAUGGCGUGAUCAAGCAUCAAAGGAAGACCAAAACACAAGCGUGGAGCCUAAGCUAA